UGCUGCGUGGAAAAACCCCUUUCCUUCUUUCCCCGACCAUUCAUCCUUCUCGUUAAUUUUUUUAUUCUAUUUAUUUUGAUGAUUCGCUAUAAAUCAAGGGAAUUUUUUUCUCUGGAGGUAGACCUGAAACUCUUGUAAGCAUUUCUGCUGAAACUCUUGUUAGAUAAAAUACGAAAGAAGCUGUUAAAAUGCAGAGGCAAAACAGCAUAACAAAGAGGCAAAACAGCAUAACAAAGAGGCAAAACAGUAGAAAAUCACGUUCGAGUGAUCCUGCCCUUGAGGAGCUACCUAUAACAAGUGCGAAAAAUUGCAGUAAAUCUUGUUCAAGUGAUCCUGUCCUUGAGGAGCUAAUUAUAACGAGUGGGCAAAACAGCUCGAGUGAUCCUGGAACAGAUUAUUUGCAUUCACCUUCUCCCUCAGCUCAGGGUCCAGAGGCAAAUGAUCAUCAUGUCGAAUACAUCCGGGGAUUUGCUGAUUUGGCUUCUACAUUUAACUGGGGUGUCGUGGCGCUUACACUUGGAAGUUAUGGAAUGUUGCUAUCUACCCCUGUAUUUUGGGUGUGCUGGAGUAUCCUUGUCACAGAGGCUGUCAUUUCUUACUCCAUACGACCUUACUGGACCUGGAUUGAAAAUUUUCCCCAGACAGCAGAUCAAUCACAGGAGAGUAAAAAGCUUCAUCGAGCUUCUGAUCAUUGCAGAGCAGGAGUCGUCUUUCUCAAGGUAGACAUGAGCAUUGCCCUCGUUACCCUGCUUUUAUAUAACGAGGACAUCACACAGAGGCAAACCAAAAUACUCUUGUUUGUUGCGCUCUCCAUUAUUUUAUUCGAAGGAUUCACGCACAUUUUAAUAGUAAGAGAAGAAACGAAGACUUCAAUGGAGGUCCAAUCGGGAAAUGGUACGCAGAUGACAAGCAAUAUUACAGAGGAGCAUAAGUGGAAUGCCGCAAAUUUCUUAACUCCGUCUGUGAUAAAUGCAAUGAUUGGUGCGACAGGGGCAAUUGUCCUGGGAGGAAACUUGGGCAGUCUAAUGCCUGAGAAACCCUACUGGAUUUUCACUUCUAUAUUUGUUGUAGAUCUCCUGGCAGAGGCCAUCCAUAGAUUUGAUUGUGGAAAGCGCUCUCUGUUUGAUAUCCCAGAGGAUUUGCCAAAUAAACACUAUGUCGCUAUCAUAUUGCGGCUUGUGGUUGAAGGGUGUUUGUGUUACUGGAUGACGAAAGAGAUCUGUCAAGAUUCAUAUUUCCCUUCACAUGUGGAUGUUGAUGCCUGUAACAGGCUGUGCCGAGAGAGAAGCAAGCAACUGCUGAUCACGAUGGUAGCUCUGGGAGGUCUCCAAGCGGCAGGGACUUCCAUCAUUCCCAUAUAUUCUUUUAUUCUUGGUCCCCAUUAUCUCCCAUUCAUGCUUUUCUUUGCUAUUGUUUUCACUUCUUCGGUUCUGGGAGAUCUGCUCUGGCUUUUUACAACUAAAUUGUUUAGCGCCUUGAAAUAUCUGAUGAAGACGAAUUGUACGGACGGGUGAAUUCCCUAGAAUUUUUUUUUGUAUUGUCGUUUUGGAUCACAUUUCACUUUCUGAUCCAUCAUCAAAAUAAAGAAAACCAACAAAAUAUCAAUAUCUUCUCCUAGAUAAAACUCUGUAAACUUACGUUAAAAAAAGUCCUAAAUAUUUGUAGACUUUUCUUAAUUGUUUGAAAUUAUUUAAAAUAUAUGAUGUUUUUGCCA